AUGUUAGGGUCUGUGUUAGUAAGUGUUGGUGCAGUGGUGCUCAGAGGUGUGUGGGUAUUCAGUGGCAGGGCUAAUUGGGUUGACCCAUGUUCCUGUGACAGGGCUCUGAUGGAGAAAGAUGUCACCGUGCCCCCCGAGACCUUCCGCAAGCACGUGGACGCCUGUCUCACCCACGUCAACCGUGUGCUCAAGCAGAUGAGCCGCCUCUUUCUGGUCCAGGAUCUGGUGGAUUCCCUCAAGCUGGCAGUGGUUAUGUGGCUGAUGACAUAUGUUGGAGCGGUCUUCAAUGGCAUCACUAUCCUCAUCCUCGCCGACAUCCUGCUCUUCAGUGUACCGCCCAUCUAUGAGAAAAACAAGGUUAGAUCUAGAUCUUUCAGUUGCAAACUAUGCACUGUGUGCUCCAAAAAAGCAUUUAUUGUGGGGGUCCUAAUAAUAAUAAUA